AUGGGCACACAAGAAAUGCAUUCGUGUCCAUCAUUAUUGAUCUUCUUGCCUGAAGAAAUUCUUGAAAAUAUUCUCAUCCAGAUCCGAUCACCUUCAGAUGUCAUUUCUUUUGUUCUCACAUGCUCUCAAAUGUACAGAAUUUUCAAGAGACUUCGCACACAUGAUUUGGAUGAAAUUCGUGUCGAAUAUUUAAAUCAAAAUAUUCAUAAUAUUAAUAAUAACAGUGAAUGGUCCGAUCUCAUUGAACCACGAAAGAAAGGAUCAAGAUUAAUUGAAUUAUUUUCAAGAGGCUCUUCCCGAAAUAUGUGGACCUAUGAUGAAUAUUUCAAAUGUCAUUCACCCUAUUCGUGGCCUUCAAGUUGUUUUAAAAAAGGAAUUACCUAUACUUCGACGGUUUUGCCGAUUGAUGAAGAGAGUGUCAAUCCUUCUAUGACUUCAUGUGAGAAUGACAACUCCGGUUGUGUAAAUGAAAGUAACGACAGCUCCAACCGUGUAGAGGUUUCUCCAAUUCAAAUCAAACAACGUGAUAUUGAGAUACACUCAUCUGUUGAGGAAGAUUAUAGAUUUUAUCCUAAUGAAGACGUUUAUGAGAUAGUUUUUGGAGAAUUUGUAAAGAGAAAGUUGAAAGAUGAUCCAUUUUCCAAAGAGGAACAAGAAUCCACAGAGCCAAUGAUCAUUGGAGAUGAAGAACCCCAGUAUAUAGAGCAUAAUAAUGUCGUUUAUUCAGAUAAGAUAUCCUCCUUUAAAAAUUCUUACAAUGUAUACAUGACCAAAUAUUGUGAAAACAUUGUUCGGUUGUAUGAAAAACCAGAAAAAGCUACCAUUGAUUCCUUUAGAAAUAGACUUGACGACAUUUUGAAAUGUAACCCAGUCAUUGAGACUUUACUCGAAUGUUUAUUUGAAUAUAAUAGAACAACAUUCACACGAAACAGAUUUAUUAUCGCAGGAGGAUUCAUACUCCAUCUAUUGUGUGGAUGUGGAUGUAGUGAUGUUGACAUUUUCACUAUUCGCAAUGGAGAAAAUGAUUCUGUCAUUAUGAAGGAUUUACGUAGAGUAUUGCUACAGUUUGAAAAGUUGGCACGAGAAAGAAGGUUGGACUUCAAUAUUUUGAAAACAAAUGGAACACUUAAUAUAUGCAUACCCUCGGUACAACGCAACCUUGUAGAAAGCUACCCUCCUCGACCGAUUCCAGACGCUCAAUUAAUGGCUCAAUUUGUUUUGAGAAAAAUAGAAACCAUUGAGGAAAUUAUGUGUUUCUUUGAUUUGGAUUGUUGUCGCUUCUGUUAUGACGGCAAAACAGUUUAUACAAUAUUAGAAGGAUUGAGAGCUCUCAAAUACAAGAUUAAUUUUGUUUCAAAAGAGCACAUUCAGAAAGGAAUGUAUUACAAUAGAGCAUGCAAAUUUGGAAAAAGAGGUUUUCACACUCUCUUUAUUCUACUCCACCCACUUUUCCAUGUCAUUCAUGCAGACUUUAUGAUACGAGAUUUAAAGCAAGACAUCUUUGAAAGACAAGUAUCAGGAGAGAACGACAAUGAAAACAAUAUUUGGUGUGGAUUCUUUAAUCCUGCUUCUGGAAAAUAUUUUGCUCGGGAGCAUAGAGACAUUGACAAAACAAAAGAUCUAGAUGAAUCUAAUUAUUACACAGUAGUUUUGAGAAGUUUGUCUUACGAACUUGUUGACACUGUUCUAAAGCACGGUUUAAAGGAAUGUUUUUCAUACGAUUAUAUUGACGGAAGAUGGAUCAACGACGUUGGAGGAUCCAUAAUUUCAAGAUCUUUACUUGAAAGGAUAACACAUCAUAUUACGAAGGAAGAUAUUCACAUAUUUUGUACUAGUUUGGCAGAAUUAUUUUUGAAGGAUGCAUCAUCUUACUUUUUGGAAGGAUAUUUUGAAAGCCACUUGAGACACAAGUAUAAUAUUUACAAAUGUUACAUUUGUGGAAAAUAUUCACAUCAUUGCCAUGAAAUUUCCUUGCAGGAGGACAGAAUAUAUUUAAAAAUUCCCAAACGAGAAAAAAGACUGAUAGAAAUCGAAGAGAAAUUUGGAAUGUGUAGUUCUUGCAAAAUGUUUCACGAGCAAAAAUCUAUUCAAUCUCCUCAAUUUAAGGCAAAAAAUUUGUCAUCAAAGGUCGCUAUAGUUACAGGAGGCAGAAUUAAGAUUGGGUUUGAAACAGCACUCAUUCUACUGAGAUGUAAUGCAAAAGUGAUUGUUACCACUCGAUUCGUCGAGGAUGCUUUACAAAGAUUUAAAUCAGAGAAAGAUUACUCCAAUUGGAAACACGCCUUAAUAUUAUAUCCUCUCAAUUUGAAAGACGGAAAAUCAGUGUUACAUUUCACAGAUUUUGUUUUUAAGAACUUUCCACUAGUCGAUAUUUUAAUUAACAAUGCAGCACAAACAGUGAAACGACCAUUGAAUUACUAUGAGACACUUUUCAAUCUUGAAAAGCAGCAAAAUAAUUCUCUCACUCACUGUAAACACAACAAGUUGAACGACACAGCAAUAGCUGAAAAUUUAGUAGAAUUACGAAAACAAACCAUUGAAAUUACCAAACGAGAUGAAUGGAAUAUUUCAGAUUUGAAACUUGCCCAAACAUUAUUUCCAAGUGGAAAAACCGAUAAAUGGGGAGAACAGCUCGAUAAUCGAUGGCUCAACUCUUGGAAUCAAAAACUCUUUGAAAUUUCCAACGUUGAACUUAUUGAAGCUCAAAUGAUUAACGGUGUAGCCCCAACUAUUUUAGUUUCAAAAUUAUUCGAUUGCAUGAAAUAUUCUCGCAGCAACAAGAUGAAUGAUGAACAUUUCGAUGAAAAUGAUUCCGUUUCAAUGGGUCACAGCUUUAUUAUCAAUGUGACUAGUCAUGAAGGACAAUUCGAAACAGAAGGUAAAACAGAUAAUCAUAUUCAAACCAAUAUCAGUAAGGCAUCCCUGAAUAUGAUGACACGAAGUGCAGCCAAUUUCUUUGCUAAACAUGGUAUUUUAAUGAAUAGUGUGGAUACAGGUUGGAUCAGUUCUGCCUUACCGGAAACAUUCAAAGUCCCACCACUCUCUGCCAAAGAUGGUGCACUACGAAUUUUGGAUCCCAUCUUGACAGGUUCUUUUGCUUUUGGAAAAUUAUUCAAAAACUAUCAAGUGGUUGAGUGGUAA